AUGGGUAAAAACAGUAAAGAUAAACGUGAUUUAUACUACCGUAAGGCCAAAGAGCAAGGUUAUCGUGCUCGUUCAGCCUUUAAAUUACUACAACUAAAUGAACAUUUCCAUUUUUUAAAUAAAGACUUAAAUAGAGUUGUAGAUCUAUGUGCAGCUCCAGGUUCAUGGUCCCAAGUUUUGUCAAGAAAAUUAUUUGAAGAUUGUGAUACUGUAGAUAAGUGCAAUAAUAAUAAAAAGAUUGUUGCAGUUGACUUGCAACCAAUGUCACCUAUUCCUAACGUUAUUACUCUACAGGCAGAUAUUACACAUCCGAAAACAUUAGCCAAGAUAAUGAGUCUAUUUGGCGGUGAAAAAGCCGACUUUGUAUGUAGCGAUGGUGCACCUGAUGUCACAGGUUUACAUGAUCUGGACGAAUAUGUCCAACAGCAGUUAAUUUUAGCCGCCUUGCAAUUAACUACCUGCAUUUUACGAAAAGGCGGAACUUUUGUCGCCAAGAUUUUUAGAGGCCGAGACAUUGACUUGCUAUAUUCCCAAUUGGGAAUGCUUUUUGACAAAGUUUUGUGUUGCAAGCCAAGGAGUAGUAGAGGUACCUCUGUGGAAAGUUUUGUUGUGUGUUUGAAUUAUAAUCCACCUGCGGAUUGGGAACCUAAAUUGGAUUUAAAUUGUUCAGUUCAAGAUUUUUUUCAAAAUUUACAUAGCGAUGCAGCUGCUAGUAAGUGCUUUACAGAUAUAAAACCCGAUCAAAGAUACAUCGCAGACUUUAUAUCGUGCGGUGGGUUGAACAGCUUUGAUUCUGAUGCCACUUAUGAUAAUAUAGAAGAAAAUAGCAAAAGUCUGAAUCCAAUUCAAAUGCCAACUAACCCACCCUAUAAAAGGGCGUUGGAGUUGAAAAAACAAGGCAAAUUAGGUAAAACGGUUGUAUAG